AUGGGGAGUCUACUGCCACAGGUGAACCAGAGUCAGUACUCGUGCCUGCACAAUGCACUCAAGUGUGACGGUGUGGUCCACUGCAGCCAGGGGCAGGAUGAGGAUCCCGCAAUAUGUGAUCCCAUUUUCUCCUCAUUUAGGGCCAAUCCGCUGUGUAACAGAAGGUUGGAUGACAGUUGGGGCUGGUUUGCCUCCCCUCUUUACCCACAGCCAUACCCACCUAACUCCAACUGCUCCUGGGUCAUUCACCAACUUGGAACACCAGGUGGGACAGUGAUUCAGCUGCGUGUUGUGAUGUUCACACUCAGUAUGACAGACCAGGAUGUCUUGACAAUCUUUGAUGGGCCAGACUCUUCGUACGCAGUGCUUGGCUCCUACAGCAAACUGAAAACCCCACCUAGCCUUAUAGAGAGCUCCGGCAGCUGGCUUAAUGUUGUUUUCCACUCAAAGUCUGGGUAUUCAGUUCCGGGAUUUAACUUUACAUAUCAAUUGAAAGGUGUGUGCUUGCCUGAUCAGCAUAGAUGUAGGAUGGAGAACGAUUGCUACUCUGAACAACAGAGGUGCAAUGGAGUCUGGGAUUGUCCAGUAUCCGGCAUUGAUGAGCUUGAAUGCCCGAAUUGUCAAUACAGAGAUCAACACUACUGUGGGUUGCAAACUCAGUGCUACAAAUUCUCAGAGAGAUGCAACGGAAUUGCCAAGUGCCCCAACUACGCCGAUGAAAAUGGAUGCAGUCCCAAUCAGUGUGGUUCUCAGAAUGGCACUUUCCUGUGUGACAACAGGCGGUGUAUCUAUGAGAGCUGGACAUGUGAUCACCAUGACGACUGUGGGGACAUGAGUGACGAACAGAACUGUUCAGGCCUGGGCACCACUAAGCGUGUAAUCAUCGCUGCCAUCUGCGGCUCAAUGAUCUGCGCCCUGCUGCUGGUGAUCCUGGUAGGCUGCUCGUGCAAGCUGUACAGCCUGCGCACAAUGGACUACAGCCACCACCCGCGCCACGAGUCCCCCAUGAGCCGGCUGUAUGCAGAGCUGCUGCGCCGCAGGGCGCCGCCCCCCUACCACGAGGCCAUGCUCACGUCCAGGAACUUUGAUGAGGUGCAGCAGGAGUACAUGGAACAACUGAGGAAUGCUGCCAGCAGACGAGCCCCGCGCGGAAGAUCAGGUCGGGGCAACAGGAGACGAUCGUCAAGAGUCAGACAAGAUUCUGGUUCAAAUGAGAGUGUGGAAAAUAGUGGUGACAAUCCAAACCAGGGCGUAAAUAAUGAGGGUGACAAUAGUAAUUAUGCGUCCAAUAGCCUUCAAUUGUGUAGCAUUCAUGAGGAGAAUGAGACAGAGACCCUGGAUCAUAAUGGCAAUGAGUCCUCAACCUCAACAGCUGAUCUCCUGCCGUCCGACAGUGAGUCGGACUACACUGAUUCUGGGGAAGACAUCGAUUCAAAUGUUGACUAUCAUCUUCAAGAUGAAGGUAAUAGCGGUGAAAGUGGGAUAAAUGCUAAUGGUCUAGACAAUCAAGGUGUAGACAAUGACGGCGAAAAUGAUGAUGGCGAUGAUGACAACAUUCUGAACUCAGAGAGUCUUUCAGCGAGGUGGCAAAGAAAUGUAGACAGUGAUGACACAUCAGAUGAAGAGUGUCUUCUAGCAGAUGACUUUGAGCUUGACAGAAGAACUGACCUUCACAUCCAACAAGGUCAGUAUAACCAUGAUUGUGAUAGCCUCGAUACCGAAGCAAGUGCGUCAAUUUUAAGUAUGGAUACACAAGAAACUGGAGUCCAAGAUGGGGACGGAAACAAGGAAAUUGACAAUGAAGUGAAUGGUGAGUCCGAAAAUUCACGAAAUUCAACGCCAAAACCAGAGAACUGCCAUUCUAAUCUUCUUAUAUCUGGACCCGGGGAGUCAAUGUUGAUGAGGGUUCAUUCUCAUUCCUCCUUGAAUUCGGAGGGCUCAGAGACGUACAGUGACAGCGAUGUGCCUUUACAACGGAUUGGAUCCUUCUAAUGUCAGCUUGAACAUUCCUGGUGACUUCCUAACGUCCUUAACGUCGCUUCACAGUAGUGAAGGAAAUGUUUAAAUGUAUUUUUCUGUUUUAUUAUUUAAAAUCUUGAAAAAAUCUCAAAAUUGAGUUUUCAAUGAAGCCUUUUUUAAUUUUCUAUUGUUUUUAUUUUAUUUUAUUCAAUAUUUUCUUUUGAUAAAUUGUUAAAAUAAUUAAUGACAUCAUCAAUUUUAAUAAUCAUACUAAAGCCUUUUUUUUUUAAAGAAAUAUCUUAGAAAUGGAACUAAAAUUUUAAUAUUCUGCUGCUAUUGCUACGGAAACACAUAUCAUAGGAUGUAGAUUGCUUUUAGCUUUUAAAGGAAUAUUUCUACCUUUACUAUUAAUUUAUACAAUCAAUCUAAUGUUAACUUUAUAGCAUGCAUAGUUUAUUUGCACCUACACAUUGUUCACAGCUGGUAUCCCACAUUGCUCAAACCUCAGGAUCUUUUUAUGAUCACAACUUUCGUCAAACAUAUUUAAAAUCAUUCCCACUGUUUUGUCUCUGUGUGUGUUUAUUUUCUGAAUUGACCAAAUAUACAAUCAUUAUUGUACCUGCUUUUCUGUUUGUCAAAGAUUGUUUAUUUAAGAUUUGGAGCUAAUUGAUUGGUUGAUGCUACCAUUAGUUAAAUGCCCAGGGCUCAGCAGUGAGGGCAAAGUGGGUGAUAACUUCGCCCAGGACAUAUUAACUUCGCCAUUUAAUAACAUAUAGAAGAGUUCGACUUCUUCUUUUAAUGAUUUUGUUUGUGGCAGAAAUUAACUGAUUAAAAUCAAUAAGAUGUGGUGAAUGGCUUAUCAUUAAAUGCCACAAUAACACAACAUUUACACUUAAGUGUAUUUUUUUUAUAUAUUUGUUUUAUAUUCUCCCCCAAAAUGCUGAACAGAAACCAC